AUGGACACAUUUCUAAAAACAGUUGAUACCUCCUCAGGAAGAGCAGGUCCUCAGGAGGAUCCCAGAAGGUGUCUUCAGAAGGAAGUGACAGCUCUAAGUGCCCCUGGAGACUGUCCAGUCAGACAGGAUGGGGAGAUGGGAGACAGUGAUACUGAUGAUCCCAACCCUUUGUCAGUGCCCCAGGUUCUUCAAAGCUGCACAGCAUUCAUUGAGAGAUAUGGCAUUGUGGAUGGAAUAUAUCGUCUCUCUGGAGUUGCCUCCAAUAUCCAGAGACUACGUCAUGAAUUUGACUCUGAGCAUGUCCCCGACCUGACGAAAGAACCUUAUGUUCAAGACAUCCAUUCUGUGGGCUCACUCUGUAAGCUGUACUUCCGAGAGCUUCCAAACCCUCUGCUAACCUACCAGCUGUACGAGAAAUUUUCUGAGGCUGUUUCAGCAGCAACAGAUGAAGAAAGGCUGAUAAAAAUUCAUGAUGUCAUCCAGCAGCUCCCCCCACCACACUACAGAACACUGGAGUUCCUGAUGAGACACUUGUCUCUUCUAGCGGACUAUUGUUCCAUCACAAAUAUGCAUGCAAAAAACUUAGCCAUCGUCUGGGCUCCAAACCUGCUCAGAUCAAAACAGAUAGAAUCAGCCUGCUUCAGUGGGACAGCAGCUUUCAUGGAAGUGAGAAUUCAGUCUGUGGUCGUCGAGUUCAUCCUCAAUCAUGUAGAUGUGCUCUUCAGUGGCAAAAUCAAUGUGGUCAUGCAGGAAGGGGCAGCUUCUCUGUCAAGGCCCAAAUCCCUGCUGGUGUCCUCUCCAUCCACCAAGCUGUUGACAUUGGAGGAAGCUCAGGCACGAACACAAACUCAGGUCAAUUCUCCAAUUGUGACUGAAAAUAAAUACAUUGAAGUUGGAGAAGGACCUGCUGCACUGCAAGGGAAAUUUCAUACCAUAAUUGAAUUCCCACUUGAAAGAAAGAGGCCUCAGAAUAAGAUGAAAAAAUCUCCUGUGGGCAGCUGGCGUUCCUUUUUCAACCUGGGAAAGUCAUCAUCUGUCUCUAAACGGAAGUUGCAGCGUAAUGAGAGCGAGCCCUCUGAGAUGAAAGCCAUGGCUCUGAAAGGUGGCAGGGCAGAAGGAACCCUUCGCUCAGCCAAAAGUGAGGAGUCUCUUACUUCUCUCCAUGCCAUUGAUGGUGAUUCCAAGCUUUUCCGACCCAGAAGACCCCGAUCUAGCAGUGAUGCAUUGUCUGCCUCUUUCAAUGGAGAAAUGCUGGGGAACCGCUGCAAUUCCUAUGAUAAUCUGCCCCAUGACAAUGAGAGUGACGAAGAAGUGGGGCUACUCCAUAUUCCAGCCCUCGUGUCUCCUCACUCUGCUGAGGAUGUUGACUUGAGCCCACCAGACAUUGGGGUGGCCAGCUUGGAUUUUGAUCCUAUGUCAUUUCAAUGUAGUCCUCCUAAGGCUGAAUCAGAAUGUCUGGAGAGUGGUGCUUCCUUUUUGGAUUCAUUAGGAUACUCCAAGGAUAAACCAUGUACCAAUAAAAAGGAUGGAGAAGCAGGUGGUAGCCAGUCUCAGACUCCAGGAAGCACUGCAAGUUCUGAACCUGUCUCUCCAGUUCAGGAGAAACUGAGUCCAUUUUUUACCCUGGACUUGAGCCCAACUGAAGACAAAUCAUCUAAGCCAUCCUCAUUUACUGAAAAGGUCGUCUAUGCUUUCUCUCCGAAGAUAGGACGGAAGUUAAGCAAAUCACCUUCCAUGAACAUAUCUGAGCCAAUUUUAGUGACCCUUCCACCUCGGGUGUCAGAAAUCAUCAGUACUGUCUCGAAUACUAUAGCUCAGAAUGCAUCAUCUCCAACCUGGGACAAAAGUGUGGAGGAAAGUGAUGUCCCAAAUAGAUCCCCCACCCAGACAGUAAAGAUGAAAACAAAUGAGAGAGAGGCACAAGAAGGAUGUGAACCUAAAGUCCAGCCCCUGGAUCAGGUUGCUGCUGAAGAAGUAGAAUUGCCAGGGAAAGAGGAGCGGUCUGUCUCGAGCAGUCAGAGUAAGGCUGUAGCUUCUGGACAGACUCAGACAGGAGCAGUUACCCAUGACCCCCCUCAGGAUCCUGUUCCUGUCAGUUCAGUCUCUCUUAUCCCACCACCACCGCCUCCGAAAAAUGUUGCCCGAAUGUUGGCGCUAGCAUUAGCUGAGUCUGCGCAGCAAGCCUCAACUCAGUCACUGAAGAGACCAGGGACUUCUCAGGCUGGGUAUACUAGUUAUGGAGACAUGGCAGUGGCUACAGCUGAAGAUAAACUGCCCAGUCCUUACUCUAGUGUUGCUUUAGAUAAGGCCUAUUUCCAAACGGAUCGAUCAGCAGAGCAGUUCCACCUCCAGAACAAUGCAUCUGUGAAUAGCAACCAGCCUCUCCCAGAGACAGCAGCUAUUAGGGAUCACAUCCAUUCCGAUACAGCCGAAUCUGGGGAGCAACUCCACCAAGUAGACUUGCCAGGAAAUCAGCCACUUCGAAACUAUUUACCUGGGGACCCAGAAAAGACCAGAAUACCCUCAACUCCCUUAACAGACUCAGAGAAGUCUGAUGACCGCAGUUGUUUCUCUGAAGACCAGACUGGGAAGACCAAUAUGCCAACCAUCUCCCUCGUGGAGCAGGACGAGUCUCCCCUCCAUUUCUGCAGUGGAGAUCAGACCCCCUCUUACCUUGGUGCAAGUGUGGAUAAGCCCCAUCACCCUUCAGAACUUGCAGACAAAUCUCCCUUGCCUGCUAAUUUGUCUAGGGACAAAGUCUUCUCUCCCUCUGGGUCCCCUGAAGAGAAUACUAGCACAGCCACCAUGGCUUACGUUACCACAACUCCAGCAACAGCUGAAAUGAGUUUCAGGGAUGCCAGCUGGGCUAUGGCUGAACAGCCCACUGCUGCUGAUUUUGUGACUGCCACCCUUCAGCGCACACACAGAACUAAUCGACCCCUUCCCCAACCUCCUUCCCAGAGGCCAGCAGAGCAGCCACCAGUCGUGGGGCAGGUACAAGCAGCACCCAGUAUAGGAUUAAAUAAUUCCUAUAAGGUCCAAGGACUAGUUCCAGCUCCAGAGAGGCCACCUGAACCUCGAACCAUGGGUGACUGUGAGCCUGUCUUUGUCAGUGAUGGUAGUGCAGCUGCUCAGUGUCCUAUGGCCACUUCUGCUCAACAGCCAAGCCUGCCUGAGAAAGUGCGGGAAGGCACCAGGGCACCACUGCUCCACCUGCGUGCUGAGUCUUUCCCUGCCCACUCCUGUGGCUUUACUGCCCCAGUGCCGCCCACAAGGACAGUGGAGAGCAAGAUGGCUGCUGCCAUGCACUCUGGCAGCAUAGACGCCACCAGCAGUUCGAAUUACCACUCCUUUGUCACUGCUUCCUCAGCCUCGGUGGAUGAUGUGUUGCCACUUCCCAUCCCACAACCUAAGCAUGCUUCUCAGAAAAUAGCUUACUCCUCCUUUACUAGGCCUGAUGUCACCACUGAGCCCUUUGGUCCAGAAAACUGUGUGCAUUUCAAUAUGACUCCAAACUGCCAGUUCCGUCCCCAGAGUGUACCUCCACCUCACAACAAGUUGGAGCCACACCAGGUAUAUGGUGCCCGAUCAGAGCCACCAGCCUCCAUAGGUCCUCGUUAUAACACCUAUGUGGCCCCAGGAAGAAAUGCAUCUGGACCCCACUCCAAGCCAUGCAGCCGGAUCGAGUAUGUUUCUUCUUUGAGCUCCUCUGUUAGGAAUGCUUGUUACCCUGAAGAUAUUCCACCAUACCCUACAAUCCGGAGGGUGCAGUCCCUCCAUGCUCCCCCAACUUCCAUGAUCCGCUCUGUUCCUAUUUCACGGACAGAAGUUCCCCCCGAUGAUGAACCAGCCUACUGUCCAAGAACCCUAUACCAGUAUAAGCCAUAUCAGUCCUCCCAGUCUCGUUCAGAUUAUCACGUAACUCAGCUUCAGCCUUACUUUGAGAAUGGACGGGUCCACUACCGCUAUAGCCCAUAUUCCAGUUCCUCUGGUUCCUUUUACAGUCCUGAUGGGGCCCUGUGUGAUGUGGAUGCCUAUGGCACAGUACAGUUGAGGCCCCUUCACCGCCUGCCCAAUCGUGAUUUUGCUUUCUAUAAUCCUAGGCUGCAAGGAAAGAAUGUGUACAGUUAUGCUGGUUUGCCUCCACGCCCCAGGCCCAACAUGACCAGCUAUUUCUCUGGUAAUGACCAUAAUAUAGUCAACAUGCCCCCAACUGCUGAUGUAAAGCAUACAUACACCUCAUGGGAUCUUGAGGACAUGGAAAAAUACCGCAUGCAGUCCAUCCGGAGAGAAAGCCGAGCACGGCAAAAGGUUAAAGGGCCUGUUAUGUCUCAAUAUGAUAACAUGAGCCCAGCUGUGCAAGACGACUUGGGAGGGAUCUAUGUCAUCCAUCUGCGUAGUAAAUCAGAUCCUGGGAAAACUGGACUUCUUUCCGUGGCAGAGGGAAAGGAGGGGCGGCACCCAACUAAGGCUGCCAGUCCUGAGGGAGAUGACCGCUUCUACAGGAAGCACCCAGAGCCAGAGUUUGAUAGAGCUCACCACCAUGGAGGGUAUGGCAGCACACAGGCAGAGAAACCAACCCUCCCUCAGAAGCAAGGCAGUCUUAGGAACAGGAAGCUUCAUGACCUGGGCUGUAGUCUCCCCGAGCACAGGGCACAUCAGGAAGCAAGCCAUAGGCAGUUAUGUGAAUCAAAAAAUGGGCCACCUUACCCCCAGGUAGCUGGCCAGUUAGAUUAUGGGCCCAAAGGGAUUCCAGAGACUUCUGAGCCAGGCAGCUACCAUAACUCUGGAGGGAAAUAUGCCAUGUCAGGGCAGGAGUCUUUAAGACUGAACCACAAAGAAGUGAGGCUCUCCAAAGACCUGGAGCGGCCUCGAGCCAGGCAGCCACCCGCCCCCGAGAAACACUCCAGAGACUGCUACAAGGAGGACGAACACCUCACUCAGUCAAUGAUUCCUCCCCCUAAGCCAGAGAGGAGUCAUAGCCUAAAACUCCAUCAUACCCAGAACCUGGAGAGGGACCCCAGCGUGCUGUACCAGUACCAAACACACAGCAAGCGCCAGAGCAAUGUGACUGUUGUGUCCCAGUAUGACAACCUGGAGGAUUACCACUCCCUGCCCCAGCACCAGCGAGUCGGCUUUGGAGGGGGAGGCAUGGGGGUCUAUGUGCCCUCUGGCUUUGCCCACCCACAGAGCAGGACAUAUGCCACAGCAUUGGGUCAAGGCGCCUUCCUGCCCACAGAGUUGUCCUUGCAGCAUCCUGACACACAGAUCCAUGCAGAAUGAGCCCUGGGAGCAAUAGAGUUGAAGCAGCCUCUGCUGGACAGUGGACUGUUCUAUUUUUUUCAAUAACCAAAAA